AUGGGUAUAAAUCAAUGUGGUUUUGUGGUGCUUUUGGCUCUUUCAAUUUCAGUAGUCGAGAUAUCGAAGUUCGAGUUCACUAAUAUCAUUUGCAAUUAUUUGGAUAAAAAGUCGGUUAAUCGAAGCUACAAGUAUGUGUCGAUCAAAGAAAAAUUAUUUAAAACGCCAAUUACAAAAGUGAAGAUCAACGGAGUGAUCCUCGAGCGAUUUAAUGGAUAUAAUGGCUACAGACCUUUCAUGGUUAAUAUGACAGUGGAUGCUUGCAGGUUCCUGAACAACACAAAGUCCAACCGGAUAGCCAGUUACCUAUAUGAUUUCAUUAGGCCCUUCACCAACAUGAAUCACAACUGUCCCUAUGAUCACGACCUCUUGAUCGAAAAACUACCCAUACACUUCGUUUAUCACCAGGUGACAAAUGUCCUUCCCGUUCCUGAAGGCGGUUACCUAUACGAAACAAAUUGGAUGGCCUAUGACAUAAGGAGGGCUGUGAUCAAGGUGUACGGAACUAUAUCCUGAUUAAUUUGUAGGCAUAUGUAAAAUCAACAAGUUGCAAUUCAACACACACAUUACUUCAAUUUGAUCCUGGGAAUACCUAUGUAUUUGACUUACCCUCCUUGAGGGAAUCCCUUCCGCCGGACAAGGCGCCCACUGGCAGGGCGCCCGUGGGCGUCAGACCCUUCAGCUGGAGCACGCUCUCGGAUUCCUCCCUGCGGGAAGUGGGAAUAUUGA